GGUGGUGCGUUCAGGUACGCGCUUAUCAGCGGAGGAAGACAAAAUGGAGCUGAGUCUACCUGGAUGAACAUUUUAAAACUUUUUUUUCAAUAUUAAGCGGGGUUACUUGUGUUAUAGCUGUGUUUUACGAGUUGUCGGUAGUCACGUCGACUGUGGCUAAGAGGAAAAAGGGAUUAAACAUGUUUUGGACGAUAAUCGUGGCUGCUUUAAUGGCGACAGAGUCCGCCCUCGCCAUCUCAGUACAGUGUCCCACCAAGAGGCAUAUUGUCAUCCUCUUUCAGCCUGUGACCCUCUCCUGUAAAUACCAGACGUCUGCCACUACGCCUCCUGUCAUAACAUGGAAGUACAAGUCAUACUGCCGGGACCCAAUCCAGGCCGCACUCAAUCCCAGCAGUGCGGACAACGUCCUGGCCCAAAACAACCCCAACUUUAACGCCAACAUCGAGUGCUCCGACAGCCAGAGGACUGUCCGCAUAGUGGCCUCGAAGCAAGGCAACGCUGUUACCCUCGGCCAAGAAUACCAGGGUCGCAAGAUCAGCAUCAUGAACGAUGCUGACCUGAAUAUUGUGCAGACUGCAUGGGGAGACAGCGGUGUUUACGUCUGCUCCGUGGUGUCAUCGCAGGAUCUCACUGGAAAUGGAGAAGAUUACACUGAAGUAAUAGUCCUUGAGAGAAAGUCAAAUACUACUGACCUCCUGCCUGGCAUUGACUUACUGGUUAUGGAAGACUGGCUGCUGGUUCUGCUGGUGGUUCUGGGCUUCCUCUUACUUCUCCUCCUGAUUGGGAUCUGCUGGUGCCAGUGUUGUCCACACACAUGCUGCUGCUACGUCAGUUGUCCCUGCUGCCCCGAGCGGUGCUGCUGUCCACGAGCUCUGUACGAAGCAGGAAAAGCUGUGAAGAAAGGAGUCCCCAGUCAGUAUGCCCCCACUCUCUAUGCUGCCAGCAUGUAUGCUCAGCCAGUGUACGGGGGCCCACACACUAAUCAGCCUGCAAUGCCCCUGCUUCCUCUACCUAAUGGGGCUGGAUAUCCCCCGCCCCACAACGGUUACGGUCGUGAAUAUGAUGCUGCCAGCUCAGUGGGCCAAGGGUCACAAGUUCCAUUGCUACACGAUCAAGACAGCAGAGUGGACAACACUCGUAGUGGGUAUCGCAUCCAGGUGGACCCUGAUGGGAAUGCGACACGUGCCAUUUACUAUAUGGAGAAGGAGUUGGCCAAUUUGGACCCAUCCAGACCUGCCAACUACAGCCGCUUGGAUAAUAUGACUGAGGUGAGUUCUCUGCAUGACGGCCCGGACCCUCGAGGCCGCGGGGGUCGCUCCCAGCCGCCUCCUCUGGCUACAGUCUAUGACCGGGACGAGGCUAUGAGCACCAUCAGCAGCGUCUCCCAGCAAGGCCGCCGCCGUGACGACUACCCUCGCCGUGGGGGGGGUUACAUGGGGGGUCACGUCCGCGCCCGUUCAAUGGACAACCUAGACGACAUUGGACGGAGAUACCACAGAGAUGACUACCCACCACACCGACGCCCAGAUGAGCCCAGAGGAAGAAGAGGGUCGGAUGAUGAGUGGAGCAGCAGUGCUCGCAGUGGCUACGAUCAUAGACGCCGUGACUACUCCCCCGAGGACCGCGGGAGAAGAGGUGGAGGGGCUAGCGGGGGCCUGGCAGGGAGACGGAGCCGCAGUCGUGACGACCUGAUGGACCUGGAGAAAGGCCGUCGGUAUGGCGACGGCGGCAGGGGAGGCCGAGACGACUACGAUGACAGUUUGCUCCGAGAAGCCAUGGAGAGGAAGAAGAUGGGUGAGCAACAAAGGGCACGGAGCAGGGAGCGCCUGGACAGCGAGAGUGACCGCUCAGAUCGGGGAAGAGCAGCACGUGGCCCCCCGCCACUUCCUCUUAGCCCACCCUCUGGAUUUCCCGGUCGCCGUGAUGACUACCCACCUCCUCCGCCUCCACCAUACAGUGACAAUGAAAGUCUGUCGUCGUCUAAGAAAAGCAAUCUCCGCAAGAAUGGAGCGGUGAGUCGGGAGAGCCUCGUCGUCUAAAAACGAUGACGUCGGAUGCAGCGUUGACCUACCUGGAGACAACCUAUGACACAUUGUAAAUAUUGAUCACAAUAUUAACUUGCUGUGCUAGUUUUAUAUACUAUUAGAUAAACUCAUAUUGAUGAUAAAUGCAAUUGAAUACUUUUCUAGCAGGGAAAAGUGCACAUACAGUAUGUGCCUUUCUGUGUAUAAAUGUCAUGGCUGCCACAAGUGCCUUAAAGUGUACAGAGUUUUAUAUUUAGAUGUAGAAUUCAGGUUUUUAGAUACCUCUUUGUUAAUGUUUUUAUCUUGACGUGUUAAGAUGUUCCAUUGGGGUUUUUAAUGUCUUUUAACUUUUAUGUAGCUUCAGUCGGGAGAUAAAUUAACUGAUCUAGUUAGGGGCACUUGCCAUCUUUUGUUUUUAUACUUGUAAAAAAAAAAGUGUUUUCUUUUAUUAUUAAAAACAACGACGAACUAUGUACAUUUGAAUGAAUGUAUUUUUUUUUUAUCUUUCAUAUUAGUUUGCUCCCCGUAUAGGAGCACCUGGGGAAGUGACUGCCCUUCAGUAGGUUUUAGGAUUUCAUUUUUUAUUCUCUUUGACAUAAAUGUGCAGUCUUGAUCUACAGUACUCUGUAAAGCUCUGUAAAGUAAUAUGCUCAGAAAAUGAGAAUGAUGUAACGCGAUUUAAUUUGUAAAUAAAGCUCUUAUUGCCAGGC